CGACACACUGGGGUACAAGAAGGACCUUUCCCCCUCUGGCAUGGGCACAAGCUGAGCUGACAGAGACCUCCGGUGCUGCAGCAGUGCCAAAAUGUGCACACAGUGACAACAAACAACCUUGCAGCCUUUUUUACACAACUUCAGCAUCAAUAUUCAAGGACUGACAGUUGGUGCCUUCCCCUUUAGCAUUAGCAACAGCCGCUAAGUUAACAGCUCUGGCAGCUCGGACUGUAGCAUAGCCAAUGUGUUAAGUGAGUACGUGUAACUUGGCCCGCUUGUCCCUGGCCGGAACGGCAAAGGAGUUGUGUUACACUCCCUGACAGGCCUUAUACAUGUUUCAUCUGCUGCUCUCAGAACAGAAGCCCCCUUUGUUAUCUAAUCCAGCCCUCUCCUCCCCAGCCGAGAGACUGACUUUACUGCCACAAGACUGCUCUUCACAGUCUGUCAGAUAGCCACUGAGCUGAUACAUAUCAACCAACAGCUGAAGAGCAGCAGAAGGACUUGCUCAGGCCCCAGAUAUCUGCUAUCAGGACUUCUCAGCCAGUCUCUCAAACCAUUGGCUGGCACAUGGACAGUGCUUUAGAAUAGACAAGAGGAACUGAGGGGGCUGUGGGAGGUCCAACAAAGAUUUUCAAGGAUCUAAAUUGUGCCUCGUCUAUUCUGCACUAAACCUCAAAUUUGCUGUAGCUAAUCGCCCUUCAAGCUGCCGAAUUGCAAAGUCUUCAAUUCUUGUAACCAAGAAUCUAAAAAAAGAAGUUCAUUGGGUGUUGCAUUUGUAUUUUAGUAAGCCAGUCAGGACCAUGAGUGACACUCUUAGACCUCCUUCACUCCAGGUAAGCGUCCCAAUCGAUGCUCCAGCAUACUCAGACGGAGGAAACAACGGCGUGUCGGAUGGUUGCCUGCGAUCCAGCUCCUCGACCCCAACUCUCCGGCGCAAGCGCUUCAAGAUGCGCCGCAUGAGGAACGUGCCCAGCGAGAGGGAGAUCGAAAGAGGGCGGCUGAACAGUUGCCACCUCACAGCUCGGUCCCACUCCGGCUCCAAGGAGUACCUCCAGCUGCCUUCCAUUGAGAUCACGCCAUCCAGCGAUGAAGAUGCCCUGUCUUCCUGGUCCAGCUGCUCCACGCCCAGUGCCUCCCCUCGCCGCAAGCGUUUCCUGUUGAGGAAGUGGCUGAAGGUCCGAGAGAAGAAGGAGCAUGUCAGUGAGAGCAGCAGCCAGCAGAGCAGCCAGCAGAGCAGCCAGCAGAGCAGCCAGCAAAGCAGCCAGCAAAGCAGCCAGCCAAGCAGCCAGCCAAGCAGCCAUGAGGACGACAGCACUCGGUUCCUGACUCCAUUAAUCCUAGAAGAGAGGUCUGACAGUGCAGCGGACAAAUUCAGCACUGCCAGUAACUCAAACAAGAGCACACCUGCCUGCUCACCAGUCCUACGCAAACGCUCACGCUCUCCCACGCCACAGCCCCAGGAGGGUGAGAACAUGGUGGAGAAGGGUUCGGACCACUCCUCUGACAAGUCCCCCUCCACGCCCGAGCAGGUCGUCCAGAGAACGUACUCCCUGCAGUCAGCGCGAAGCGGGGGAAAGAACUCGAAGUCUCACAAGCGACUUUCCAAAUAUGACAGACUAAACCUGAUUAAAAAGAGCCAAAGCUGGUACAAUCAUGAAAGACAACACAUCCUGAGAGUGCUGAGCCCGACAUACAAGCAGCGCAAUGAGGACUUUAGGAAACUCUUCAAGCAGCUCCCCGACACAGAGAGGCUCAUUGUGGACUACUCCUGUGCUCUUCAACGGGACAUCCUCCUGCAGGGACGACUCUACCUCUCUGAGAACUGGAUUUGUUUCUAUAGCAACAUCUUCCGCUGGGAAACACUGCUGACAGUGCGGUUAAAGGACAUCUGCUCAAUGACUAAAGAGAAGACUGCCCGCCUAAUUCCCAACGCCAUCCAGGUCUGCACAGACACUGAGAAGCACUUUUUCACCUCGUUUGGAGCCAGAGACAGGACGUACAUGAUGAUGUUCAGACUGUGGCAGAACGCACUGCUUGACAAGCCCCUGUGUCCCAAAGAACUUUGGCACUUUGUACAUCAGUGCUAUGGCAACGAGCUCGGCCUCACCAGUGAUGAUGAGGACUACGUUCCCCCUGAUGACGACUUCAACACCAUGGGGUUCAGUGAAGAGAUUCCCAAUGAAGAGAAUGAGAUCAACAAUGACAGCUUGUCCAAGAGCAGCACUGAGGCCAAACCUGACGGAAGCCCUCCCCCAAUUCAUAAGAAGGUCAUCCCUAACAGCAUCAUCCCCAGCCCAGGCAACCAUGACACGCCCAUCACAUUCGACCUCCCAGCAGAGGAAUAUGCAGACUGCCUACCAGACGGUGAACUGCUGGCUUUGCCCCUGAUGGUGGUAGAGAAGAACUUCGAUACCAGCAGGCCUGGCGGUCCUGUGCCCUCGCCCUCACUCGACUUCAACGACAACGAAGACAUCCCCACCGAGCUCAGCGACUCCUCGGAAACACACGAUGAGGGUGAGGUCCAGGCAUUCCAUGAGGAUCUGAAUGGCAGGCAGCACAUCAACGAGGUCUACAAGGUCAGCGUGGACAAGCUCUAUGACAUCCUCUUCACCGAGUCACAGUUCAUGAGUGACUUCAUGGAACAGCGGCGAUUUUCAGAUGUGGUCUACCACCCAUGGAAGAAGGAGGAUGCUGGAAACCAGACCAGAGAGAUCAUGUACACCAUCUCUCUGUCCAACCCCCUAGCCCCCAAAACAGCCACAGUCACUGAGACACAGACUCUGUACAAAGCCAGUCAGGAGAGCGAGUGUUACAUCAUCGAUGCUGAGGUCAUCACGCAUGACGUGCCCUACCAUGAUUACUUCUACACUCUGAACCGCUACAUGCUCACCAGGGUGGCCAAGAAUAAGUGUCGGUUACGGGUAUCAACGGAGCUGCGCUACAGAAAACAGCCGUGGGGGUUGGUCAAAGGCUUCAUAGAGAAAAACUUCUGGAGUGGGCUUGAAGAAAACUUCCGCCGUCUUGAGUUGGAACUGUCCAAGCUUGAGGAGAUCCUCACCGAGACCCACCAGCUCUCUCCGAAGGCUAAGGUGGUGAAGAACUCCACAGUGAGGCGGAAGAAGAGGCAGCUACCUCACAUGCGCAGCCAGCACCUGGACGAGGCACUCAGCCCCGUUACCACGCCGACGGACGACGAAGUGAUCCAGAGGAUCAAACAAGUGGCAGGAUCCACACAGACCAGACACCAGAGUCCAGAGCACCAUCACCUGCCCGCCGGCCUCGCGCUGUACAGUGUCUCCAAACUGCUGCUCAUCAUCAGCUUUGUGAUCUGUUUAAGCUUGGUGCUGCUGGUGUUCCUCAACAUGAUGCUCUUCUACAAGCUGUGGAUGCUGGAGUACUCAGCACAGUCCUUAACAACAUGGCAAGGUCUACGGCUACAUGAAAGUAAACUGCCUCAGACGCAGAUGGAGUGGGCCCAGCUCCUGGAGGCGCAGCAGCGUUACCAUGACACGGAGCUGCAGAAGUGGAGAGAGAUUAUCAAGUCGUCAGUGGUGCUACUAGACCAGAUGAAAGACUCUUUAUUGAACCUCCAGAGAGGCAUUGGUUUAAGUGACUACAGCUCCGAGGCUGAAGAGAAGAGAAGUCGGUACCACUAACACACCACCAUAAGGCCAUGAGGGCGUGCUGUGCAAUAUAGGACCUGUUUUGUUUGUGAACCAGUAUGCAGGCAGCAGCGAGUCAGAGCGUGGAGCAGGACCAACGGUGAGCUGGUCCAACAGAGACAAAGAGAGGACCCAGGGUAACCAGCGCACAGAUGGGUAAAAACCCCUGAGGAGGAAGUCAUUGACAGAAAGUGCCCCUAUCACACACAGGAACUGAGGUGUCCCCAACAUCACUGAGGCAUUGUAGGAAGGUGCGAGUCUUGCACCUUCUCUAAACUCUUGGGAUAACCGUUUUCUUUUACUCUCUGUAUGUCCAAGUGCACCCUACUGUAAGCCAUGUCGACCAGGAGAGUAGCAGAGAGGACGAAGGAAAACUACUGCAUGCAUUUAGACAACCUAGCUCUCCUCAGUCAGUGUUAAUGUGGUCCAGUUCCAGUCUAUGUGUGUCAAAAAAGAAGAACAGAAGAAGAUGAGAGAUCAAGUCAAAGAAGAGGGGGGUCCUUUCGAGUCUUAAUGGCUUUCUACACUCUCUCGACUGUUCCAAACCAAUCGUCCCCAAGAGGGCCUCGCUGCAGCGUCCCUUUAAUAAACCUCCAGCCAAUCAGAGUGCAGUAUCGCGCCACAACUGAAAAGAAAAGGAAGUAUUGUAGCUGGAGGCUCGUUGCCUGGUCAGGGCUGGUUCCCUGUCAGAGCGCUAUGGUGAAAUAUUAAGAAGUAGAAUCUAGAGCUUGAGACCUAAACCAGUAUUUUUACCUUCAUACACAGUUCACAUGAUCAGUUGCCCCUGCCUCAGUGUUCGAUUCCAUACAGUACGUUAUUCCUCAUCUUUCUAAUAAAGUCGAAUGUAUUAUGUAGCCUGAGCAAAAGGCCGGAGUUAUUCUUCUUUGAAAAAGGGAUGCUGCAGCCAGACCAGUAGGGAGACCUGUGUUCUUACUUGUUUUAUUACUAAACUGUGACUAUAUCUCUUGAAAAAUGUUUCAAAUUAGAAAGAAUUCUAUGAAUAUAUUUGAAAUAUAUAAGAAUAUUUCAUUAUUUAAUAUAUAUAUUUCAAAAUAUAUAAACAUUACCUAUAUUUAUUGUUAAUUUAUGUAUAUAAAGAAAUUAUCAGAUCUCAAGACCAGUUAAAGCAUUUCUAACAAAACAUGUUUUCUUCUAAAAAUGCAUGCCAGAUAUGUCUGUGACAUGUCCAGUGUGCAAGAAUGAUUCUGCAUUUGCGCGAUUAUCUUCGCGCGUGUGUGUGUGUGUGUGUGUGAGUGAGUGCGAGUGCAUGUGUGCUGUAAAGUGUGACAUUUUUACCAUACAACACUUGUAUGUUUUUUAAUUUCUUUUCUUUUCUGGCUUCUGCAGCCAGACUGCCUUUUUUUUAUGCUAAUGCAUUUGUAUGCUGCCUUGCAUUAGCCCCACCAGGGUACAGUUUACAACCGAAGAGUUUUGUUCCAAAAUGACGUAUCCAGCAUUAGAAAAAAUAUAAACAUAUAUAUUUACAUCAACGUGUCCAAAGUGAUUGAUGUCACUUUUUGACGCAUGCUAAUUAGCUUCAAGACAAAAGAAAGAAUGAACCAAGAAGACAGACUAGAUCCUCUAAAUAUUUAAUAUUGAAUGAACUUUCUCUUGUCAAUGGAUAUAUAACAUUUUGGAGAUGAACCCUUCAUCUUCCCUCUGUGAUCAACUCUUGAUCCAUGUCACCACUUAGUGGCUUGACAACACUUUGCUAAAAAACAAACAGUUUGACAAUUUGAGAAAUACAUUUGUUUGCUUCUGCUUAUAUAGCAAGUUGGUUUGCAGUAAUUGCGAUUUUUAUUCUAGCUGGUUAAAUGUUUCUUCCAUUGCUAAAAUUUCAAAUACGAAUGCUGACAUCUUGCACAUUUGGAGCCAGAGUCUGUGCAGUAGCAAUAACCAAUUGAAUAUAUAUCGGUGUGAAAUGAACUAUCUAAGAUGACAUAAACCAUAUUUGAGAAAAAGCUAAUUUACCUUUUAGUUUGGUCCAUGUCCCAUUUGCUAACAUGGAGGAGGCCGGCUUUAUGACCUGUACCACAGCCAGCCACCACGGGCCAAUUGAGACCCUUUGGCCUCACUUUUAGGAUACUGGCAAUUUGUCCAUCUCUGUUUACAAUCUAUGGUUUCUUUGUGCGAGUGAAUGAGCUAAAUGGCUCUUGCGUCAUGUUCAUCAUACCGAUAUGAUAUGAGUGGUAUCAAAUCUCUCAGCAAGAAAGCAAACAAGUAUAUUUUUCAAAAUGUUAAACUAUUCUUUUUAAAACACCUUAUUCAACCCAAAUUAUACUCUCCCUUCCCCCAUUUCAAGUAUCUGUCUUGGAUGCAAUGAAAGCAUGAGAAUUAACCUAACGCAUUUGAAUUGAACCAAAAGAGAGAAGUAGAAAUGUACCUUCACAAUAUUCACGUUGUUUUGAAUACAGUAUUUAUCAUGUAUGUCAUGUAUUAUAUACAGGAUUAGGUGUGGUAAAGAGCAUCUUUUAAGAGUUUGUCAACAGAGACCCCCUUACAUAGCUGACAGACUUCAGCGAUGAUAAGCACUUCCAAAUUGAGAAAAACUUCCUUGUGUAAAAGAAAAUAGAGAAAGUGAAGCACUUUAAGGCCUUUUCAGGUAGAGAAUUAAACGGAGGAGUGUCAGUGGUGUAGUUUGGAGGUGAACACGGGGCUUGGGAAAUACUUUUACUGGUGUGUUUCAGGAAAUGUAACAACCACACUGGGGAUUUUCAACUUCCAAACUCAUUAGAAAUAGCUGGAUUUUGAUCCCGCUGGUUGUUACUGCUCGAAAUUAACAAUUGCCUAAAUAAAAGAUCAUCGAGGUGAUGACAUGUGAAUCUUCCCAAACACAUCCCAAACAAAGCAACUCCAAAAUGAGGUCUGACACACGUUCUUGUCUUCUUCAGGGCCAGAGAAGAAUGAGUGACUUGUAUAAGGGAAUAUGUAUCUUUACUGUGUGCCUGCGCGGCGUGUUACCAAACGACUCAGUGAAAACAGCUGAAAAGUUUCAGGAUGGGACCCCUGCUGUUUUUGUGUGUGUUACAUUUGCAGAAGGAAGAGAAAUGAUAACACAUGAAAACCUUAAGACCUGAAUGUGAGCGGUUGGAAAAGUUUUCUGUUUUAUAGAAAUCACUUUCACAAUCAUGACGACACUGAACGAUUAUAGUGAAGUUCUGCUUCAUGAAUCUGAUGGUACAGAGAUGUAUAUAUGAAAAUGUGAUUGAAAUGCUUUAAAGUUUGUUUGUUUUUUAAAGUAUGAAGAAGUUGAUUUUUUUCCAGAUGCUUGAAUCACAUUGUUGUUUUUUUUUGGUCUAAAAAAUUCAAACAUUCUUAACAGUAUCGAAAGAGAAAUUGUAAAUGUUUAAUUUGGAUUUAUUUCCCAGCUUUGGUUUGAUACCUUUGAUCUUAGUCUUGGAGCAACUGUGUUGUUUUGACAAGGCUGAGUGAAACGGUUCAUAGUGACAGACACAUUGUAACACUGAACUACUGUAAAACGCACAUCCUCCUCAGUCCAAAUUAAAUAUGCAGUCCAACAAACUCACACAGCAGACCUGAAUUCAUUUUCAUCAAUUACUGCAAGUAUGCAAUUUAAGCUUUUUUGUUUGUUUUGGCCUUCAUCGUUCCCUUCACGACUCCCAUGAUUUUCCUUGUUACCAUGGACUGUGUAUAUAGAUUGAAAACACUGGGGGUAACUGGGAAAACUGGGGGUAGUUGCAUAUAUAGCAAACUGGUUCCCUUUGUUUCUACUUUGUAUGCUUGCAAGCUAAAUGUGUAUAUACACAUGGACAAUGCAUUUCACUUCCUCCCACUAUCCAGAAGUGAAGCCAAAAUAUCCCAGACACGAAUGCCGCCAUCUUGCGCAUUUGGAGCCAGAGUCUGCGCAGCAGCUCAACCAAUCACUAGUCUGUCUCUGUCAAUCAUCACGUUUCACCUUGUUUUUAAAGCAUCAAAUAAAAAAUGUAGUUAAACAUUAGUGGAAUAAUGAACAGACAUCCAACCACUAACAUCGAGCAGUCUGGGUUUAUGGCCUCUACUGCAGCCAGCCACCAGGGGGCGAUGGAAACAUUUUGGCUUCACUUUUGGGGGGGCAGUCAUGUUGUCCGUCUUUAUUUGCAGUUUGUUUGUUACCAGCAAAUUUGAAUUUCACUCUUUAUUUUCUAUGUGCACACAGUUCUGUGCGUUAAUUACUGUAUGAUCACUGCACAGCUGAGGGACCGAGGUGAGCCGAGAGUUCUGGAUGCCCCUAUUUUAUCACUGACGACUAAUGAAUUCUGCGCUUCAUUUGAUGUAGUAAUUGGCAUUAGCCUCCCCAUCACAGAGUUGGCGAGACAAUAGCGCCCCCUGCACACCAACAGUACUGACUAACACACAACACAAUAGGAAAACACAUCUAUCCUCCUGAAAACGACCACUGAUCAAAGUCAAACGCUCCUCUUCAAGUGUGUCUUGAUAAAAUAUGUACUGGUGUAGUUUUGUUCAAUAAGAAUUCUACUGUAUGUUCUUUUUUUUAGAAAAUGUUUUGAUCUCUAGAGAGACUUUUAGUGAACUUUAUACAUGAGAUGAAUAUACUGUAAGUAUAUGUUAUGUAUAUCUGCAGUGUGCACACACACACACACACACACACACACACACUGACGAAGAAUCCAACCUGCGCUGCGCGUAGGUUCUGACCUGCCGAUGACUUUGCCUCAUAGAGAAUGAAGAUAAAAGUGGCUUUCUGGUUCAUGUGAAGUAGAGACUGGAAUAAUGAAUAAAAAAUAUUGAACAAAAA